GCAUAGAAGGUUUAAUACCAGGAGCAGGAGCAGGCCUUGCUUUGGCCAAGCAAAAAUGAAUGCUGCCAUAAAGCUGUGAUUAUUCUAUUGUGUGGAGUACAGCAUGCUGUCUAGCCAGUGAGAGCGAUUAGUGCAAUAAGUGGAUUUCUCAUUAGUUUAUUCCAGGAGUUAAUUGUAAAAGUGUACGAAUUGUGCUUUACAAAUAAACGCGCCUUGACUGGCUUUAAUUACACUAAAUAGUGUACAAGUAUGGUUACUUGUGUAAUUAGAAGUGAAACUUUUGUCCAAGCAAGAUUACUUGUACAAGUGUCGAUAGUUCACAAGUAGCGUAACUACAAGGCGUAUGACAAGUGAAUGCAGCAUGAGUGUCACAUGUCACCUCAGGCAAGAGUUUGACAACUUCUCUGACACGCUCACGUCAACAACCUCUAAAAAAGCAACCCCAGACGUGCAGCAGAAGAGAGGCAAUGGCGGCCGAAGACAACCAGGCAACUUUGGAGUCAUGGCUGAACGGCGCCACAGACCCAACAAACCAGGAGGACAGAUGGGACAGCAUUCAGGGAUUCUAUCAGCUGGUUAGCAAGGAGGCUGAUGGUCCACAGGUGGCUCUUAGUCUUCUUGCACAUAAAAUCCAAUCUCCUCAGGAAAAAGAGGCUUUGCAAGCUUUGACUGUUCUGGAGGCGUGCAUGAAUAACUGUGGCAAAAGGUUCCACACCGAAGCUGCCAAGUUCCGGUUCCUUAAUGAGCUCAUCAAAGUCUUGACACCAAAGUACUUUGGUUCGUGGACUCCUCAGAAGGUUAAAGAUCGACUGACUGAGAUUCUGUACAGCUGGACACUCUGGCUCAAAGAGGAAACCAAGAUUCAGGAAGCUUACUCCAUGCUGAAGAAACAAGGCAUCAUAAAGAAAGAUCCAAAACUACCAGAUACACUCAUAAUGGCUCCUCCACCGCAAAGAAGCACAGACUCGGUUUUUGACCAAGAAGAUAAGGCCACGCUAUUAGCCAGAUUACUAAAAAGUGGACGCCCUGAAGACCUGGAGACUGCCAACAGUCUCAUUAAAAGCACAAUGAAAGAGGAGCAAGAGAAAGCUGAAAAAGUGCUCAAGCGGCAAUCCACUCUGAAGGCAGUGGACAGCAGUACCAAGCAGCUCCGAGAGAUGUUGGACCAGCAUGCAGUCACUGGAUCGUUGUUACAGCCUAGUGAUGAUUUAAAGGCCUUGUAUGAGAGCUGUGAGCGACUCAGACCGAGGCUCUUUCGCCUGGCAAGCGACACGGUAGACGACGACAGCGCUCUGACACAGAUCCUGGCUGCCAAUGACGAUCUCACACUUGCUGUCAAUGCCUACAAAGACCAAGUGGGGAGGCGAGAGUGUGACGGAAAGAGCAAAAGUGAAGAAAUAGCGACAGAAAAGACUCCUACAAGUCCCAGAGAGAUUAAAAGCUACCACCUCAUCGACCUCUCGGCUUUCGACUCACCACAGACAGAAAGAAAAGCAGACUCACCUUCUUCCUCUGAAUCUUCGUCACCCGUCUUCUUCGCUCAUCUGCAAAGAACCUGCAACUCAAUGGCUGAGCAGAGGACUUCGGAAUCAGAGUUACUUCUUCUUUCUCCAAAAUCAUAUUAUGAUGACCUGAUGCAACUUAAUGGAGGGGUUGAUGAAAGAAAUGCAGAGCAGAGUGUGGAGAGGGGCCCCUUGCUGAGAGCCCGUGGAUGUGGGGGGAGCAGUUCUUCAUCAAAUGCAACAAACAUAUGGUCACACAAUCAACCAUUUACAAGCUUGGGAUCAUCGUCCAGUCACUGUCAACCUCCAGGACGUCCAGAGGACAGCAUUUGUCAGCAGCAUGUACUUAAAAAUGUCUUAGUUCCCAUGGAGAACAUCAAGUCUAGUCAGUUGGAACCUAUCACCAUAUACAACCAAGGUGGUGUUCACGUCUCGCUCCAUUUUGCCAGAGACUCACCGCCCGGUCAUCCUGGUGUUGCUGUGGUCGUGCUCUCCACUGUGAAUACCUCCUCCCUGGAGGUGAAAGAUUUUGUGUUUCAAGCUGCUGUGCCAAAGACCAUGUCAGUGAAACUUCAACCUGCAUCAGUGACAUACCUGCCAUCGUACAACCCCCUCUUGCCCCCACCUGCUAUUGCACAGGUGCUCCUGUUGGCUAAUCCACAGACGCGUAAAGUGCGCCUGCGCUACAAGCUCACACUGACACACGGACGGCAACAGUUGAGCGAGACCGGAGAGAUACAAAAGUUCCCUGACUGGACCUCUAUGAUUGGCUAAUGAAAAAGCACAUUUCUAUACACACACACACACUUCAUAACCUUGCCAGGAAGCAGAGAAGAGAUCGUUAUCUGUGGAUAAAAAUAUUUUGGCUUUGUCCCUUAUUGGGCUUGUGCCAUUGUUUUAAUACUUUCUGCAUGCCAUUAUAUUGCUGGUCACAUCUGCCAAGGAAAAACAUUCAAUUUUAUACAUUUGCGACAUUCCAGAUUCACAACAUGUCAGAAGGAGGAAGUUCUGUAUGAAGACAUUUCUAAGGAAUUAUCUUUGGUUUGUUUAUUUCAUUGUGUCAAUUUCAUUUAUUUUUUCCCCAGUGAUACUGUAUAUCUGAAGGCGUGUCUGCUGCCAUCGAUCUGAAUAAAUCAAAACCAUAGGACCCAU